AUGGCGGGACUGGCCACAGCCGCGGAUCAUCUCGGUCGCAACGCGCACCUCUUGAAGAGUCACUUCCAGAGCCAGACUUCGCAGAGCAAGAGCCACGCCAAGGAGCUCGGCAAGUACUUCCGCAAACAUGGCCGGGAGUUUGUCGCGGCAGGCGCUCGCAAGUCGUGGAACCGCGAUGCGGCAGCCUCCGCUGAUGACCGCAACAGCGAGAAAAGCACGAUAUCAACCCUACAGAGCUUUCAAGCUCCUCAGCCUGGGGACAUCUCCGUCGAGGCAAGUGUUGAAUUCACGUUUUGCAUUACUCCGCUCCAAUGCUACGGCUCCUGA